CUCAAAUAUUUAAUUUCUUUUAUAAUAAGAUAUUUGUGUGAAAACUAUGUGUGAAUUACGGCUAUCCAGAUGUGAUCUACUAUUUUGUGUGGUCUGUGGGGACAAAGCAUUUGGCUAUAAUUUCGAUGCCAUUACCUGUCCCUCGUGUAAGGAGGAAUGCCUUAUCAGGCAAAUAGACUACGACGACGAGGGGAACAGUAGUUCGCAAACACCAGAAAUCCUAGAUAUUAUAGACAUAGACAGCAAUAAUAGUGAUACCGAACCGGACUUAUCAGUCAUACCUAUCGCAGCGCCGAUAACUGCAAACAGUCAUGAAAUGAAUGAAUUAGAGAUCAAUAAACUACAGGAGCUGUUGAACGCCACGCAUAUAUUUAUAAUAGUGAUACCGAACCGGACUUAUCAGUCAUACCUAUCGCAGCGCCGAUAA